AUGGCGGAUACUUUGAACCGCCGGAAAAAAUCGUCAUCCGUUUUGCGUUUUCUUGCCUCGAUGAAACCUCUUUGAGCUGGCCGAUCAUCUCAGUUGUGCAGUGAUGGAUUUUUGUUAAUUGGAUUAUUCAACUGAUCCGACAAUUCAGUAGUGACAAUAUCAUCGGCUGCUAACUGUUGGAAUUUUCUAGCAGAUUGAAAUAUCUGCAUCGUUUAUGAUCAACGAAACGGAAGACUAGAAAGAGGCAAAACUGCUGAGUAUCUAGGGAAGUAAGGAAGAAUUUGGAUCAGCCUGGACUAAUUAAUCCGGAUUAAUCAAUUUGUUGAUUGUUGAAUUUUGGAAGUUGUUCUGACAGCCCGGUGCAGUAAGAGAACUACAGUACACUCAAACUUGUUAACGACAACACUAUUCUUUUUUCUUGCAAUCAGAGUUGCACUGUUGGAUUGCACAUGUUACAUCACUACCACUUUCUGAGGAUUAUCUACACAGUGUAACUAUUUGGAAGAAAAUUCUUUAAGCCAUAAGUCUUAGUUAACACAUUUAUGUUGGAGCUGAGGUAAACAAAUUGUUUCAAGCAAGCAACUUAACAUCAAGCAUGCCCAGGCCACAGUUUCAAGGAGGUUUCUCCGACACUGACUCUGCCGUUACAGAAAAUGAUGAAGGUGGUGAAGAGUCUGAAAUACCGAUAGCAAAUCAAGUAGAAGAACCUUGUGAGGAAUUUGAAGACAAAACCAGGUAACUAAUUAAUGCCCUGUGUGUGUUUCAAGUAAAUACUUAAUAAUAAUGGAAAUCCAUGGCAAAUAGCUUACUACUCUGCAGAGCAUGGCAAAAUUCAAGGAAAUCUCUUGAAUGUAGGGCUAUUGUUAGCUGUGUGCACUGAGAUUUGCUGCCAGCCUGAAACUCACACAGCCCUGCACACUGCACUUGAAUCAACUGGUUGCAAGUGCCAACCGUUUUCUAAGGGUCUUGAAGGGUACGUAUUCCCAGGAUCUUGGCUAAAAUGGAGGAUGUCCCUAACAGCUGGCUGCUGGUUAUUUCACCGACUGAAAAAGAGCUUACUGCUGGCUCAAAUUACUGUGGGAAACAAGGACAUGGCCAUAGGGAAAUUGUGAAGGUGAAGUUGAGUAAAAUAGCCAGCUUGACUGAUAAAAAAGCCUGCUCAGCAUUUCAAAAUACAGAGCAGGGGCCCAUUUCUCGAAAGUCCCUGAUAAUUAAUGGGCCUGGUAAGCUGUCUCCGUUUACGUUAAAGAUUGAGGUUUCAAUAGUUUUGCAUCUAACAUGAUAAAACUAUCAGUUAAUGGAACAAAAUGGAGUAGUUUGUAGACAGGACAGGCAUUCUUAUUCUUUAUAUUUUGAUUUGAAUUUUUGGUUUCGGGCCCGAAAAGUUACCGGGACUUUCGAGAAACAGGCCCCAGGAUUCAGGAAAUGUUAACAGAAUACAGGUGCGGCUGCUACCUGGAAAGUGAGUUUUGUCAAAAACAUUUGGGCAAGGAUGUGUGACUGGGAAAGAAAGUUAUAUGUGGGAAGGUGAUGACAAAAGCUUGGGAUGUAGGAUUCUUGUGAAAAAGGGGUUGUGGAAUGCGACCCCUUCCCUGCAGUGAGUGCAGGGGUUUCAAAAAGCACUGAUGGCCGACAAAAGGCAUUGGCUACUUUGCUCAUAGAGGUCGGCUACUUUUUUAUGGGAAGAAGAAGCAACUAGUUUGAAUAACUAAAAUAAAAAAUAUAUCAUUUUUGUGAGCAAGGCAAAUGGACCUUUUCCCGUAAACCUGGGUAUGUUGUGGUUGUUGUGGGCAUGCUUCCUGUCCAUUCACACAAACCACCUGUGUGGAAAUCUUGUGCAUAAACAUAAAACCGUAAACUUUGUCGUGGUGGAAGAACUUAACCUGCUACAGGGUAUAUCCAAAUCAACUGAACAGACAGAAAAGAGUAAAAAAAUUGCGUCACCUGAAGUCACAGCCCACAUUUUCUGAAGCUUUCCAAACGGAUUGGCGUUAACCAUUUGAUUUUAUAACAAGAACACAGUUCUUGUUGCACAAACAGCAGUGAACACCCUGCACUUUGCGGGUGGAUUUCGGAUGUGUGAUUGGACAGGAAUAACAUUCCUGACUUAUUUCAGGUGUUCACGGUUUUCCCUGUUGCGCUGUAACAUUUUGUUCUUUGUUCCCUUUGCAGCAUUAUCAAAUGGAGUGGUCCCAACAAGAAAUAUCCCCAGAUACAUUUCUCUCCACAUGUGCUUUUGUUGGCUUUGCCUCCUGAGUCAAAAACAGAAGCAGGUGAGAAAAAUAUAUUAAUAAUAUCUAUUAACUUAUAUAGCAGUAAUAUCUAUUUACACAUUAUAUGUAUUAAAAAUAUUUUAAAGUGUUGUGGCAUUUAUGUCAUCUUUAAAAGAUGACAUAACUUUUAAUACUGCAAGAGUAUUUUCAAAUAGUUGUCAACUUUUAUGUAAAACAAUUUGACUCAUCAAUAUUGUCUCUUCAGGGCAUGUUUAGGGCAGUUGGUUUGCGUUUGUGUUUUAUAUUGUUUACAAGUUAUAUUGCUCUGUAGAGUGUUGGGGGGGGGGAGGGGGGAGUGCAAGACAUCACAUGCAAGUGCAAUCUAAGGAAUUGUAAGGAGGACAUGUAAAGGAACUUGCUAAGUGGUUGGUAACAUUCAGGAACAACUUACAGUCACUGUAUUAAAAACUUACCAUGCCUUUGUUUCUUGUGUACGAGCAAUCUGCAAUCUCUUUCUAUAGUUUGAAAGAUAGUAAGAGUUGUUAGUUUUUUUUUCCACAGAAAAAUAUCAUCUGACCUACAAGUUUGUGAAGACUGAGUGUAAACUUGUGCGAAGCAUGUUGGGUGUCCACUGCUUUAGGGAGGUAAAUAAUGUUAGGUGCAUAAAUGGAAAUUUGUUUUUAAUCUUGGUGCUUGAUGGGGUUUUUUAGCCACUGAGUCAAGCUCCAAAAAUGUGAGAUAAUAAAAUAAUAUUGCAGUUAGGUUUUAGAGUUGGAGUUUGGGGUCUCACUUCCUAAUCACAUUGUAUUCUUAACUAAGACAUUUUACAUAUAAUAUUGUUACAUAACUGGGCAAGUAUUAAGCAUCUUGUUUUCCAAUAUUUUGUUGCGUUUGUAUUUCUUGAAGUGUUGUCUAGUGUAAUUUAUCCACUGAUGUUCACAUGUCUCACAUUGUGUCUCAAAGUGUUGUGAAAAGUCAAGCUUGAGUUUGCAACCCUUGCUGCAACAAGAAUAUUUCAAAACAUUAAAAACAAAAUAAAUAAAUAUGCAUUUCACCCUAUAUUGUUGUCCUCCCUUGACACAAUGCCGAGAGUGUCAAUUCCAUGCAAAGCAUUCUGCAAACUUGCGGAUGAUGAAUUUGUAGAGGAUGUAUUUCCACAAAACCAAGAGUUCAAGGAUGUUUGAAAUGUGUGGCAGAUGAAAGUGUAAUAAACAGAGUCAACAACGUAACAUACCGUAAAAUUCCGAAAAUAAGCCCCUCCAUGUAUUAGCCCCUCCAAAUAUAAGUCCGGGCCCCAAACCGGUAACGCAAAAAACCCUCCGUUAAAUUGCCCCUCCAAAUAUAAGCCCUCCAGGCAGGAGCUUGUACUUGGAAAUUGCCCUCAAAUACAAAGUAAAACAAACCAAAAACGGUAGAUUUCCUUCCAACUAUAAGGCUAGCCAAAUCGAUUUUGAAAUGCAAAUUUCCCUCUGUAUAUUAGCCCCUCCAAAAAUAAGCCCCCCUCAAAAAAGGGCCUUUGAAAAAUAUAAGCCCCAGGGCUUAUUUUCGGAAUUUUACGGUAUAUCCAAAAGCAAAAGGAUUACUGCCAUUAUAGCGCAGAGUCCUUUGCUGGGAUUUCAGACACCCAUGGCAAACGCCGAUCCUUUCAAAAACACGCCAGAGCAAACAAUAUAUUUUAAUGCACGUAGAAUGUUGAAAAUCACCCUAUAUUGUUGUCUUCCGUUGAAUCUUCAACAUUUAACGUAUGACCUGCAUCUUUGAGGUUUUUCUCUUCUUCCAUGUUUUAAGUAUUAAAAUAAUGUCACUUAAUCUUCUUUAAAUCUGGGGUGAAAUGCUGUUGCCAUGUUGCCAUUGCAGCUUUAGUCAGGAGUGUUUCUUUUACUAUUUCCUCUUUAUAGGUACACCCAAACAGUUCAAACUUUAACCUGAUGUGGACAGGCUCACAUAUCAAACCUCAUACUCUAAGAGGCUUGCAGGAUUUCCAGAAGAUUAAUCAUUUCCCAAGGUAACAAUGGUUUGUGUGUGUAGUAUGGCAGUUAUGUUAUAAAAUCAUGAGGACAGCUUAAUUUCGUGUGAUUUGUUCCAGAUCUUAUGAGCUUACUAGGAAGGAUAAGUUGUACAAGAACAUUCAAAGAAUGCAGCAUUCCAAGGUACGUAAUCUCUACUUUUGGAUUACUGAAAAUUAAUCAUAUAAUAAAAAUAAAAAUGCUCUUUUUCAUCAAAGCAUAUCAGCGACCUGUUAUUAUUUACAUUUACUAACAUCAUAACUAGCAUCAUAACUCUUUGUUACUUCUUAAUUGAUAAUUAGAUUUACCUUUCGUCCCAAAACUUGGUAUCUUUUCUUGUAUCUUGUCCUUUGACAAGAGAUUGCACGAUGUAGCACUAUGCAUUUCAUUUUUGUGAAUUUUCUUGACCCUGCCUGAUUUGGCUUUUUCCUUGCAACACAAUUCAAGAAAUAUUUCUGCUGUUCCGAGUUUCACAGUUUACUUUUGUUUUAGACUACUAAGUUACUUAUAAUAUAGUUUUUCCAGACUCUGCAGACACAACACAACAGCUAAUACUAGGGAUUUUUAGUUAGUGUUGGCUUGACAUUUCUCACUGAACAUCAAGUGGUAGUCCAUUCAUGUCAGCUCUCUAAGAUUGUUCAUUGUACCUUUCCUUUAGGGUGUGAAACAUUUUGAUUUUAUUCCUGAAAGUUACAUAAUACCGGAAGAGUUUAAUGAGUUUCAUGGUAAGUGACUCAGGCAUUGGCUGGUAAGCAGUUAAUUCCAGUUUCAUAUAAUGUACUUUAAAUAUACAUCGUACUAAACAGCUACUACUAGCAGUGCUGGUGGCCCCUUGCACCUUACUUUUGCUCUUGGGUGACAGGCAAAUGUUAUUCAUAGAAAUCAUAUGUUGAGCACCCUGAAUUUCACAGGGUCAGAGCACUGGGCUCCCUUCAAUUUUUCUUAGACCACAGCCUUGCUAAAAUGGAAAACCCUGUUCAUCAUUUCUGCGAGGCUUUUUUCUGUAAGGAAUCGAAUAAUUGAGUCUACAUCAUGAACAUGUACAUGUACUUGCCUGGGAAUGUAAAAAUCCUUUUUAAUAGCAAGUUUAAGGCAAGCUCUAGGUUAUAUGCCACAUUAUUAGAAGCCAGAAUGUUGUCGUAUUGAAGGAAUACAAUAUCUUGUUAAAACUGUGGAAAGUUUUGAACCCAGGACUCAUUUCAUAAGUAGGUGGAGCAUGAUCAUUCAUUACAAGUGAUUGUAGUCCUGGCCCCGGUUGUUCAAACGUUGGAAAGCGCUAUCCAACGGGUAAAUCACUAUCCAGCGGAUAAGUAUUAGGGAAACUAAUUGCACUAUCCGCUGGUUAGAGAUUUAUCCCGUAAAUAGUGCUAUCCAUCUUUUGAACAACCGAGGCCUAGAUAGGACUGUUGUUAACAGUGACUGACAUUUCAGCAACCUGUAAUAGUCAUCUUCAGAGUCAAAGUGAGUUCUAUCACGUCAGUUGAUAGCAUUACAAAAGCUGAUGUUUAAUUUAGUUUUCUUGCUCUGUUUUUCGUCAUGUUAUUUUUGUGUUUAAUUCCAGCUGCAUUUCUAAAGGACCGAAAACCAUGGAUUGUUAAGCCUGUCGCUUCGUCACGUGGCAGAGGAAUUUAUCUUGUCAGUCAUGUUAGUAGUUUAAGUGUUUCUCUGGUAAUAAUUGUUAUUCAAAUGGUUUGACUUGCAUCUUAACAAUUUCAGACAGUCUAUUAGCCACAACCAUUAUCUUCUGAUUUGUAAUAUAAUCAUUUAUUAUAUAUUAACCACCAAUGAAAUACCAGGUGAGCUGUCGUGCACAAACAUGAUAUCUUAACACAUGAAAAUGACAUGUUAUCUUCCCACUAAAAGAAAAAAAUAUCACUGUUGCUAUGGCUACGUGAUGAAUCGUGCUUUCACAGCAAACAAAAGUGUUGAAGUUAAAUGGUUUGGUCUUUCAUUGGUGUUUAUGUCAGGGGCACCCAACGAGGAUAUAGUUCAAAACCACUUAACAUAGCAUUGUUGAAUGUAUUUUAGUAUUCAAACCGUAGAUAUAGGCAUAUUUUUAUCCCCUAAAAACUUUUCAUCUGUUCAGAUUUCCUAGCUGAAAGUCUAGUGAUCCGAAAAUUAUAGGGAUCAAAACUUACCUUCUCGAAAAUUUCAGCCAGGAAAAGGCUCGCGAAAAUUCUAGGUGGCCUUUUUUAGGGUCAAAAUCCGUUAAAAAUGGGUACAUAUACCAUUUUGUAGAUGUUCGAAAAUCCUAGGAGAGGUAGGCAAGCAAGAAAUUUUACAACAAAUGCUCCGAAAAUUCUAGAUCUCAAAUCGUCUUCCGAACAGAUAUUUUCCCGAAAAUUGCCGUUGGGUGCCCCUGUUAUGUAUGGCUAAAUGUAAUUUUGGCGAGGUUAAACAUGAGACAAUGCUGGCCAGUGGUGUCCACCACUAAUCAUAUGUGGGGCAGUCUUGGGAUUUAGCGGGGCCUUAGUGAUUUUACAGCACUGUCGUAGAAGUCAAUCAUUUUGCUCAUGUUGCUUUUGCUUGCAGUAGUUCUAGUUGUUUUUUGCCCCCAACCCUCCCUCCUCUCUGGAUACUUUUUUUGGUAAGUAUCUGCGCCUGUUUACACUGACGGUGCCUGGUGGGUGCUGCUCACAGGGUUGACAUGGUUACCUUCUAGGCUUGCUUGCGGCCCCCUUCUGUUUCAUCAGGCACCUUCCCCACACCCAUCUAUUGUGGAUGGGUUUAAAUGAUAAUUAAAAAGCUCAUUAAUAAUUCAUAAAGAAAAAACAAAAGAAUUUAAUGUUUAAUGAGUGUGUUUAUAUCUGAUUAAAGACAUGGCUAAACUUAUGGACCAACUUUUUUAGACCAAAAUAACCCGAAAUCUAAAUAUUAGUGCAAGAAUUAGUUUAUCUACAUCGGAGAUUCUGAAGCGAUUCAAAAAACUCGCUGUCAUGUAUUAUCAGGUGUAAAAACUCUUGGCUUUGCCUCGAUAAACCUGAUAAUACACUCCUGCUGGUUUUUUAAACAAUACAUAGAACAUUACAUGGCUGCUUGGAGAUAGAAAAAAAUUCAAAAAUAUUUGACUCAGUCACUGCACUCGCUUGUAAAAGAUUUUUCAACACUUGGAAAGAAAUUUCAUUUCUCUGCCCAGCCAUGUAAUAUCCUCUAUUUAUCCAGAAUAGUGUGGCACAAUCUGUGUAUAUGAUGUUAGAUAUCAUGUCUCUUGCAUCCUGCAAAAACUGUAUGCCAUGUUGUACAAUGUUUAGGCUUGAUUUUGAUCUUUGUACAGCCAAGUCAAGUUCCUCUUGAUGACAACCUUUUAGUGUGCAAGUAUAUCAGCAAUCCAUUACUUGUUGAUGGUGAGUAAACUAACAGAAUGUGUAAUGUAACAAAUAUCUCUUUUAGUAUCAUAUUUGGAGCAUUUGACUACAUGUAAAUCACUGGAUUUCAUUUUCACUUGUACUUACUGUGUAUUUAGGUGUAGUAAAUGAUUUAAAAUUUAAAUGAUUUCUUGCCCUUAAAAUUAAUUAACAUCUUUUGUAAAAGUGAAGUUGUUAGCUCCACCUUAACCACUUACACGUAAUUGCUGGCCCAGUUUUUUAUUUUUCUUGUCUUGGGCCCACAAAUUGAAAACUUUAAAAUUCCAAACUCCAAAGAGUUUUAGUGAGUCAGGAACCUCAGAGUUUUGUGCAAAAACUACCAUUUCUUUGUCACCCAAAAACAAGAGAAUGGGAGCUUGCCAUUAGUUUGAACUGGACCAGGCAAGACUAGUCCAGUCAUAAAUUAAGAGAAUUCCUCUAAUCAUAACUGUAUAGCCAGUCAGUGUAUUCCUAACUGAUAUGACCAGCAGUGAUGGCGAUUUUGGGACAAUUUUGAGAAAUGUUAAAAAUGACCAGUCUGACAGCCACCUCUGACUUCCCAUUGCCCACCGGUGUCUACCAGAGAACAGCCAUUAGAACUGUUUUAAAAAAUGUUUUUGUCAUUAAUUAAAACAGGUUUCAAGUUUGACCUCAGGCUGUAUGUAGGUGUGACAUGUUUUGAUCCUGUCAGGAUUUACCUUUAUGAAGAGGGUUUGACAAGGUUAGUAGCUGGUAUAAGUGAUGAACAGAUUAUUGUCUUUAAGGUGCUAUGUCCCGAGAAUAUUGCUGCUUUAGGUCAAUUCUGUGCUAAAGUCAUUACUUAGUACAACAACUUUGUAGUCCACUUGAUGUGUGUAUUCUUCAUGGUAUGUCAGGAAGAUGUCGCAGUUAAUGUUUGAGUUCAGUUAUUUUUUGUUUUCCCUUUGUUUCAAGGUUCAUUAGCAUACAUUUCCAUACUCAAAAACAAUGGAAAAAUAAAAAUUAACUGAUAUAAAAAAUUAGCUUCAACCUAGAUAUUAAUACCUUCUGGUUGUUUUGUUUGCUGUAAACCCUUCUUGCAGGUUUGCCACUGUAAAAUAUGACAAGUCUGGUAAAAACAUCAAGAAUGUAUGUAUGCAUUUGACCAACUACAGCGUCAACAAGAAAAAUGCAGACUUUGUAAGGUAUGUACUGAAUGACAAACACAGAGUAUAUAUCAGUCCAAGCUAAAUCUCUCUUGAGUGAACUGUGAGUGCCCCCACCCGCCCUCCACAUCUCAUGGUCGAUGAGCCUCAAGGAGGAGGUACUCUAAACUAAAAAGUAUAUAGGUGUGCUCUGCUAUGAAAACUGUCAAUAAAGGGCCUAACUGUAUUUCCUGCAUCUGGAUGCUUUGUGACUGAACAAAUUUUACUUUUCCACGUUCAUUUCUAGGUGCCCUGAUCCUGAAGUGGAGGAUUAUGGGAACAAGUGGAGUAUGAGCGCCAUGUUGAGAUAUCUGAGACAGAUUGGCAAGGACACAACAGGUAUUCUUACAUGAGGAACAAACCUGGAUUUUUAGAUGAAGGAGAUUGCCUACAGUAGCUUUAUUUCAUGUCUAAAACAGCUUUUCAUGACUUCAAAGUAAAAAUAAACUUUUGAUUGGACCGUAAAAAUAGGAACUGUAAACGUUAGACGUUAUUUUGGAAAUUGCUCCAUUAUUCACUAAAUUUUCUCUGUUUAACAUUUUAAUACAGCUUUGAUGAUGAGAAUAGAAGAUGUAGUUGUAAAGACAAUUCUAGCCGGCGAGCUGCACAUCGCGUCUGCUUGUAAGAUGUUCAUGCCUUACCCGGGAAAUUGCUUUGGUAAGUUCAACUGGCUAGCUUCUGCUUGGUUAAGACUGUUACUGUCUUGAAUUUUAUUGUUAUCAUUGUAAUUGUUAAGAUUUAUCAGUCUUUGUGCUUCUUAACCUGUGAACAGCGUCUCCUGUCAUGUCUUGUGGGGUUGUGGGACACAGCGAAGAGAAUUCGAGAAAUUGCAAGAAGAUGGAAGGGAAUGGGAAUGGGAAGAUCACCCGCUUCUCUCCAUUUCUCUUCAAAUCACGUUUCUUCUGAAUCCUGCUCGCAGCCUUUCUGAGGGCUGAGGUUACGUUGUCAUGACGACAGUGCCAGGAAAUUGUUUUUAGGGAGUUUAAGCAAAGGCUUUUUUGAGCGACGAACGCCAACCGGUAGUGGACUUUUCGCAUUCUUGGGAAGUGGUUUCACUCAAAUUUUCGGGCAGUCGUCUCUAUAAGAGUAAAGACACCUAGCAAUACAAACUUAGUAUAGUCAAGCCGGAUAUCAAAAGGGAAAGACAUUACUUCCGGUUGACGUGCGACGCUCGUAAAUAGCUUUGCUUAAGCGCCAUAGUGAAAAAGACUGUGAAUUUGUGUAGUAUUUCCGAUUCGUUGAGAAGAAGUACAGGUUAUCACUUCCUUCGUCUUCAGUGCACACUGACAGUAGGAAACUUUGUGGCAUUUUUGUUAGCUAUUACAAGUGUAAGAGAUCCAUCAUGUACCGGUAACUGCGUUGACUUGCAUACGAGAGCUAGCCAUCUCUUGGUAACGGAUUCAUAAUAUACUUUGAAAUCGCUUCAAAACAUUCGAAUGUCUUGACCUACCGCGAAUGAAUGGUUUUGUUUCAGUUUUCGGUUGAUUUACAAUUAAUCUAUCACAAUCGAGGCCGGUUUAAUUAGAAAACAUUCUGUAGGCUCUUUUGUUUUUCUCACCUGAAAUGAGCGGAAAGAUUUCAGUAUAGGUUGAAGACUGUUGCUACAAAGGAGGAGAAAGACGAAACGUUUAGAGACGAAGUUGGGACAAUUUUCAGGGGUGACUGGUUACUUUGUGCCUCGUAUUAAGCUAUAGUAGUCAUUAACACAAGCUCGUUUGUCUUUUUCGAUAGAAAUAUAUGGAUUCGACAUUCUUGUUGACGAGAAUCUGCGUCCAUGGCUGCUAGAAGUCAACUUAUCUCCUUCACUUGCUUGGUAAGGCUACAGUAAGACUACUGCCUGAUCACUCGUAAACUUUUUGCGAUGUCUUUCCUUGGAAAAUAUAUAUAUUUCGAGUGUUUGGACGCUUAGUAGGCUUUUGACGCGUAUUAGAGACCUUUAGGUUCAAAGACGAAGACAAUUACAAGAACCGAGAUUUUCUCAAUACUAAGGAAUGCGUGCGUGAAGCAGCGUUUUUUUUGGCGGAAAGCGCGAUAGCUGUGGCCAUUCUACUACGGGUUUUCGUAGCAGAAACAAGUAUCAAAUGUUAGAAGUUUUAUCGUUUUAUGAUCUGGAGAGGGCUUAACCUCUUUCAAUAAAAACAACAGCGCUAACUCUUCUGGUAAAAAAAAGUACAAUGGAGAUUUUUGUGAGAAUAUGCGAAAAAAUCAAAUCUUGUCCACGUGGUCGGCGUUCCCGUUCUCGAAUCUCAAGUCUGUAAUUUCCAUCAUCAACAACAGUCUAAAAGUCUGCACUGUUUUCAUUGUCUCCUCAUAUUUUCCCCUUUAUCCACGACACGUAUUUUAAUUUGCCUAUUGUGUUUAGUGACUCUCCGCUGGAUCUCAAGAUCAAGUCUCAUCUGGUCUCCGACAUGUUCAAUUUAACAGGUAAGUGGCUGACAACUGCAGAACAAUAUUUUGUACACCUCUGAACACUGAGCUACAGUUGAACACAGACAGAGUCUCAGUUACGUGCCCAUGUUAUUGGGCUUGGGUUUGCAUGAAGUGUAGUACUCUUUAGGACCAACGGAAGCGUCUUUCGGUUUCCGGUUUACAGAGGUUGGGAUUUUAUGAAUUUGGUAACUUUAGGACCAAGAGAUGUGUCGGUAUUUACCUCUGCAAUAAUGCUAAUACUUUUUUUGCAGGUUUUAUGGCUCAUGAUCCGAUGGUUCGGAAGCUUCCCACCCGGCGAGUUAUCGAUUAUUCGACACGGAAUCGAUAUCAGGUAACCUUCAACAACUGCCAAGAUGGCUGAUAAACCGUAGCAACACAAAACAGUUUCAAUAACUGGAUCAGUUAGUCAGUAAACUUCAUCAAUCAAUCAAUCGACCAAUUAAUAAAUCAAACAACCAAUCAAUCAGUCAGUAAACUGAUUCGAAUCCAACAGACGGAAUUGAUUUGGAGUCUGUAUAAACCUUGAAUUCUUAUUAGAUAGCUCUUCUCCACAGAAGUAUUCACAUUAAGAUUUUAUACAUUUUUCACGUUGAAGCUUUUCGUUUAAAGUUUUGCGUUUAGACAAGUCACGAUGAAAAUUCUAUAGCAGCAUUUAAAACACAACGCUUUAUAAGGAUCUUGGUUAAGCAAAGGUAUUCCAGGGGUGAUUUCUAUAUCAUUUUAAAAGAACUAUUUCCUCAAGUAGUCGUCAGUUUGUCAGCCAACAAUAAGGUUAAGAAAUCAAAAGAAACUUUUCGCGUUUUUAGAUUAAAAAUAUUCCUUAUUUAGAAAGCUCCCUGCUUGAUUCACCAAUCAGAAUGCUGAAAAGUGAAUCAUUUCACUAAUAGGUGACCUGUGCUAUAUCUUAAGCUCGCAAUCUUCCUUUUUUUGUUCUGUUCGUUCGCUAGGCUGGGUGUCUCGAUGCGCCCGCGGUACUUUCCACCCGACGGCUGGGCCCACGGGCUUAGCUAUUGUGAAAAUUGACCAAUCAGAUACUAGCCCGUAUGUUUUAUGCAUUUUAAUUACCCUGUGAACAUCAUGACGUCAUGGACAAGAAACUAAGCCCGUGCCGCAGCCAUCGGUUGGGAAGUACCGCGGGCACAUCAAGACACUCACGACCAUUUGUUCAGCAAAAAAACUUAAACCCCCCGCGUAUCUCUCAGUUCUUUGUCUUGUUUGCCUACUUGCGUAUUCAUUUCUCUGUCAUUCGAUAAUCAGUCUUUACGCUUCUACUUUUUUUCAGCGGCAGCGGUCCGCCACAGCUAGUGGUGUUUUAUCUUCAAACUCCAGACCACUAUCAUCAGUGGCAAGGAAAAGAAAUGGUGAUAACCUGACAGCAGAAGAGGCGAGAGUAUUACGUCAAACCCGGGAGGAAUACUCCCGAAGAGGAGGAUUUGUACGAGUAUUUCCCACACCAGAUUCCUGGGAGCUUUAUGGGUAAGGAUCCAAACUCAGUGGACCUUUUGUAGUAGAGCUGUUGACAGUAGAGUGCCGAAAACCAGAAUCAAUACCUAAAUAAUUUAGCCAAUCAAAAUACGCAGAAUUUCAAACGAACAAUCAGAUCUCAACGCAAAGUCAUGUAGGCUGGUUUCAAGCGCGGGAAAACGAGUAUGAGCAAGUCACGAGCCCUGAUUGGCUUAGAAUGUGGCGCGAGUGUUGACCAAACAUAGAGCAAAGUAACACGAAACCAAAGUAAUCUCCAAAUUGCUUUUCAAUUCAAUUGAAAACUAACUAAAAAACAAGCUAAAUAAAGUGUGGUUAGUUACGUUUUUUUGUGAUAAACGAGAACCGUGUAAGUCGUUGAUACAGUAAUAAUUUACCUGUUAUUCCUCUUUUUACUUAGGUCAUUCUUGGAACACCAAACGACCCAUAAUUACUUGCUGCACUCAAAGCUAUUUCCAGGAAGGUAAAAUCUGCUGUUAUUUUGACAGGAAAGACAUUCUUUGUUGUAGUUCUAAAUGCAGGGACAUGCUUUACCUUGUUCAGUUUCAUCUCACAUCGUGGUUACUCUUCUUUUUCUUGCUGAUGUAUAAAGCGCAUGACCAUCUUUUAGUUGCGAGAAUUUGCUGUCCUCAAUAAUUCUUUUGUUGGUUUCUCGUUUCACUGCUCGUUAAAGAGUUCAUUGUAGGGACGGAAAGAGGAGUAGAGACCAAAUUAUAGUCAUAGUCAACGUUUAAUUCUUAGAUAGCACGUUAUUUUUUUUUCUUUUGGGAUUCUUUCCACAGGAAAAUAUCCUUUCAACGGCCCAGUACAGCGAGUUUCUCCUCAGCGAGUGCGCGAGCAAGGUAAAUGAAAGACGCUUAUUCGAUUUAACAUACGUGACUUUCAAGGAAGUAAUUGUGGUAUUCUAUCGCUGGUCUUUUUCUUUUGUCAGGAAUAUCAUGACGUAUGGAGCAUCGCAAUCAAAGGUUACUCUUUCGGUGGAACCCACGGAGGUGAAAAUGUGUUUACAUUCUUUCGCGCUUGUAGAGUACCCCAUAUGUAAACAGCGCAUUACCUGAGGCGGCUCAGAACUGAAUGUUUGACGGAAUUUUAUUGAUUUUGUAGCUCUGUUGUGUCAUUUUCUUUCAAUAUCGUGGUUUUUGUGCAGGAUUAUACAAUAUGGCUGAAAAUCGAUUUCUGAGUACUGUGCAAAGGAAAUAUCUGCGGCUUGCUCUUGUUAUGUGUAAAGCUUGAUUGCUUUGAGAUUAUUUCCUGUGAACUACUUUCAUUUUGGAAAAGAGGAAGAAAAAUUAAAGAUCCAAUGCGUGAUCACUUUUCUCUACAAACGUUUCGAAUGUGACGGUCCUAAUUAACAGAGAACGGUAGAGUUAUGUACCAAAAUGUCAAACGUAGGUUAAGAGACUUUAUGUUCGCUCAUAUUUUGUGUCGUUCCAGUGUCGUACCUUAAAUGCGCCUUUUUUUUGUUUUUUCCCAGCUUUCUGACAAAGUCGGUCUCAGCGUCAAAGAUAGAAUAGUUUGCUACGAGCGGAAACUGGACAGCUGGGUGAGUAGACUUGAUAAAGGCAGUAUUGAGUUAAAUGGCGUAUGCUUGCUCCAUUCAAUAAUUUACAACCGUCACUGGGUUGAUAGCUCCCUUGGAAGAGGGCUGGUCAGCAGGAAUGUAGGAACGGAAGGUUGUGAGAUCGGUCGAACAAAUAUACUUCAAAGCUAAUAGAUACCUACUUCUGCUAUUUUUGUGUGGAAGAAAUUGUAUUUGCCAAUUUACCAAGACCUUGAAGUCCCUAUCUGCUGACUGCGGAUUGAUAUAAUACGUGCAAACCGUCGCAGUUGGAAGCAGGUUGAUUGGUGAUAAGGUUUUCCUAUUCGCUGUACGGCGUCUUCCCAGGUCUUCUCGGUCAAUUCAUUUCGGUGACGUAUCCGAGACAAACGGACCACGUGACCCGAAACGCAUAGGCCGCGCGGAAUGAUGAAGCCUAGCGACUAGGCAAGUGGUAAGGUAAAGAAAAGCUGAUAGAAGGUGAUUUAGUGAUCAACUGCCACGAACUGUUGUUGGAGACAGUAGUAACACGGUAGAGUGGCUGCCCUUCAGGGUCAAAGAUUAGAUGUUUUAGCUUCGAGUUUUCGACGCCUUUUUGGCGUCUUUGUGAGGUAGUUGCUUAUUCUUACACGUGACCUAAAGCAAUGAACACGUGGCAAUUUUCAAACAAUUUUUUCCGCUGACUGUUUCUUACAGAGUCCGUCCCUACUUCGAACGAAAAAAGCCUUGGGAAACUCGACUUCUGGUGCAGGUAGGGAUAACAGCAGACGUGAAUUUUAAGUAAACUGCCAGAUGCAAAGCACAGCCGAUAACUAACGCUCUGUUCCAAUGAACUGAUAAUCAUAUUUUUAAAAAGCUUGAACUCUAAGACUGAGAUUUCGCACAGACGUCACGAAGACUACAAGAUUUACUUUAAUGUGCUUCUUAUAAAACGCGGUUGAGCUUCUUCAGUUGCAAUUUUUGACCUUUAGCGUUUUUCCUGGGGUUACAGUGCGUGAAACCCGUUUAAUAUAUUGAUGGUCAUGUUUUUAUUCGUAAUUCAAGAUACACCCGGUUUAAGCGAAAAACCCUCAGAGAAGCCUUUUGACAGUCCUGUGGCGUCUCGCCUGACACCAGAUGGACGCUUGGAGGUGAAUUACACGGAGGAAAAUUCGACAGCUCAUCAUGGAGGUUUGUUUGAAUCAACUGCAUUGUUAUGGAGUGGUUGUAUUUUUGGAGCCACUGAAAUAAAAAUCUCAUUUUACCCUGUCGGACUAAAAAAGCGCGUAUUGAUGACACUGUGUUUUGGUUGAUAGCGAGCACUUAAAAAAAGUAAGCUAAAAAGAUAUACUGUGUCGUUCCCACACCGGGAAUCGAACCCGGGCCACGGCGGUGAGAGCGCCGGAUCCUAACCACUAGACCAUGUGGGAGAUGACGAGUAUGUCAGCAACAGUGGGAGUUAGACAUGUUUAUACAACAAUGGGAGUUUGACUUAAUUUGUAAAGGACUUUGUGGGUGUGUAUAAAUUUCCAUUUUGACAAACAUAAAAAGUAUAUUUCAAAAUUGAUUUUUACGUAUGACAAUUUGAAAGACAGCCGCUAUUACCUAUACAAAGGACGUGUGUGAAUUUCCAUUUUGACAAACAAAAAUAUGGUCCUGAUUUUUCCUGACAAUUUGAAAGACAGUUUGCCCUCUGGUAUAAUUUUGCUAAUUGUCCAAGGAUAAAUUUGAGAUUUCUUCCUCAAACUAAUUAACAAUUAUUCCUCGAGCCCGAAUGGGCUCUGAGUCAAUAGCCCACGAGGCCGAAGAUUUUGAGGUUUCUAGAGACGAAUUGACAAUAUUUUAACCUGUACAUCUGGCGAGAUUGUUACGCCCGGGGUACUUUCUUGGCGGCGGACAAUCUUCUCGCGAUCCUGCUGCCAAAAACACCACUCAGUCGCCCGCUUAUCCCGCCAGCCACGCAAGUAACUGAAAACUAAACCACUUAAGUUUACUAUAAAAAGCUAUUUAGUUGUUGCAUUUGAUGUCAGGGAUAUGAUAAAUGGCAACAAUAAAUAUGGAAACAUUUCUGGUGCAUUAAAUGUUUGAUAAUUUAGGAUUUUUUAAAUCUCUGAUAUAUAAAAAUGAAAUUAAAAAAUUGAAUUGACAUUCCCACACCGGGAAUCGAACCCGGGCCACGGCGGUGAGAGCGCCGGAUCCUAACCACUAGACCAUGUGGGAGAUGGAUGGCAGAUAGUCUACGAAAUUUUAUUUGAGGAGUCAAAAACUUCUCCUUUUUCGGUUGCAUACGAAGUCUACGAAUAACUGAAUACGAAAACCACUCUGCUGUCCAACAAUUUGCAGAUCAUUUGAAGAUCAUGUUCGAACAUUUCCAGUGAAAUAGCCUGCGUAGCUUUUUUUUGCUUCCGCUCUAACUUUCGCGCAAUAAAUCGAUUGGAAACGCUUGCUAAGCAGGUUACCAGUGAAAUGGUUGAGGUUUGAAUCCUCUAUUUGAUUUCUUAUUUCGCUGGACAAAUGAAAAUCCAACACUUUGACCAUUCAUAUAAAACAGCUUUUGGGCUGUUGCAUAAGAUGACUGGGAACGUAAUUAGACAAUGGCAACAAUGAGUAUGGACAAAACCUCUCUUGGAUAAAUAUAUUUGACAAUGUGUGAUUCUUUUUGAAACAGUCAAAAAGAAAAAAAAAUUAUGUAAUAAACAUUCCCACACCGGGAAUCGAACCCGGGCCACGGCGGUGAGAGCGCCGGAUCCUAACCACUAGACCAUGUGGGAAGUGACGAAGUUAGGCGGAAAAUCUACAUUUCUUAUAUGAUACGCUCUUGGUUUUCUAGCUGAGGAUCUGUCACUUUGGAAGAGUUGUUGUGGAUCUUUUUUUUCAAGACUACUUAAUUCCUUGUAAUAGUAGCUAGCAUUAUAGCAUUUCGCGCCAAAAAAAAAUCACCUCAAUGACGUAAAUAAAUGUAUUGUGACAUUUGACACUUUUAUUAGUGGAAAUUUAACCUUAAAGUUGAUCACUGUUCAUCCUUUCAGCAUUGAAGUCCACUGUAGAACCCAAAGAGCCGACAUAUCGUGCGUCUUCAGCUGGUUCACAUCCACGACCCUCUUACGAUGGCACGCGGGCGCAGAAACCACCUAUACCAAUCAGCGGCGAGACAGUGUCAAAGCGCGUGCUGUCUGCGCAGCCGCGGUAUCAGCCAAUCAGAAUUGACGACAUUAUGGCAAAGGCAGGCACACUAACGUGAGUAUUAAGCUUCAUUUCAAUAAAAUUUUACAAAGUUGAUUACUUAAUUUUGAAGUCAAUCCGAAUUACACAAUGUAACAGUAAGAAUUCAAAGCAGAGACGUUCAUGAGAUGCUUUGUGUUUCCAUUUACCUCUUCAUCGAAUGUUCAGUUUCCAAGAAUUUGAGCUGGUUCAUUUUGCCUCCAUCUCAGAAAUCUUACGAGGGUGAGAAAAUAAGGAAGUGUGUUCAACUUACGUUCCAACGAAUAAUCUUCGGAUUUAUGGUAAAUGGAAAAUGAUCGCUAAGCGACGGAAAACCACGCAACAGUGCGUGGCACGGAAAAAGGGUAACCAGAACAACCCGGAAAAAUAUACGUCCUCUGCGAAUAAAAUUCUCUCUCUGUUUGGUUUACCGUCAUCAUUAUGUAUUAAAGCAUUCUAGAAUUUUAAUUGAAAUUAAAUGCGUGGAGAACUCUAUGUUUUUCAAAGCUGCUUUCACAAAACGCUUUGUUUCAAAGGCAAAGGCAUAACAGAGCGUAUUCGCUCACUUGGCCAGCAUCUAUGCUAAUAUAUACGAACAAAAGAAAGAUUUUACAUACGAAAAGAGCUCAAUUCUUACAGGGUUGUCUUAGUACACCAACAUGGUCGCGGUUUCAAUGUUUUGGGACACCAAUAUGGCCGCCGUGACGUCAUGUGAAUACGCUCCCUAGGGAGCUUAAGCAACGACGAUGAAGGAGGCAGUGAAAACGUCGCUAAAAAAAUGAAUUUACAUCCUUUCAAACUUUAUCGCGUCUUUUUAGACCUGCUCAGUUGGUCUAUGUGGGCGAUUUUUCCUGGAUUUCAAUUCUUAAGGACUGUAGCCGAGUUCAAAAAUAAAACGAGAAAUUAUUCGCCGUAAAACGUUCCAUAAGGAAGUUUCACGUCGUAGUCGUACAGUGGACGUCAAAAAAUGUACUAAAAAGCGUGAUGCACGUGCAGAGCUUUUGUUUUGCUCAUAACACCAAUUGCCUUUGAUGUUGUCUUUGUCGUCGUGGUUGUUUAAGCUCUCUAUUAAACUUUUCAAUGGUCAUUUGUACUUUUUCAGGAAGCUUCAAGCGAGGCAAGCAUUUGCUAUGUAUCUACAACGAGUUCAACAGAGACUUGUACACGAAACAAGGUACGCGGGGGGUCGUUUAUGUUUUAUCAACCUAUCAUAAUUGAGGCAUUACCGAAUUGGGCAAAGCCUCUUUUUCAAAACGAGGGUAAGUACGAAUCUUUCAUCUGAAAACCUUAUUGUCACGCAAAAAAUCCUUCACAUCGAAGGUUCACACACUAAGGGCCUGUUUACAUGGAGUGGGGGACCCCGGUCUAGUGGGGUCGGUUUUUUUGUUUUCACGCUCUGGGGGACACAAAACAAAAGAAACCUACCCUACUAGACCGGGGUACCCCACUCCAUAUAAACAGGGUCUUAGUCUUGUUUGAAAGCUAUGGUGAAAAAAAAAACUGAGAAAAUUAUAAAAUCUAAAAUAGAUCAGUAUUUAUAAAUCCUGUUUGCACUCUCGUGCUGCAAAAAUUAACAUUCCCACACCGGGAAUCGAACCCGGGCCACGGCGGUGAGAGCGCCGGAUCCUAACCACUAGACCAUGUGGGAGAUGACAAACAGUACGGUAACAGUGGAAGAUGAGUUUAAUACGUUAAGGACUUGUGUGAAUUUUAUUUUCCCUUUGUGGCAAACAACAAUAUGAUCCUGAUAUGGUCUUCAUCUCUUCUUUUUCUUUUCUUUUCUUUCUUAGUUACGAUUCUGAGAAUUCGAGAGACGAUUCAGACUCCAGACAAGACGAUCAGAUGGUUAGUUAAAGACGUCUAAGGCCCGUUUCAAACGUUUUCUGCUACUGUGCCAUGAUCAACUGAUCGCAUUAAACUUCGACUUUGGCACUUUAGGGGACACUUAAAAAUUAGUGUCUUUAAUUAGUACUUUCGUGUUAAAUACGUUGACACUUAAAAAAUACCGUAUUAACUCGAAAACGCUUACCGUAUUUAAUUUUUCACUCCUCAAAUGCGGCGCUUCUUCGAAUGCGGCGCUUAUUCGAAUGCGACGCUUAUUUGAGGGCGGCGUUUAAUUGAAAGUUGAAAGGUUUAAGCGCAGUUUUAGUUUUCCUCCAAUGACAGAGGAAAAGACGGGCCUACACGUCUUUCCUUUCUCAUUGGAGGAAAACUAAAACUGCGCCUAAAAGUAAUGCUGCUUAUUCACACAGAACGUCGAGGAAGCUUACUUUUCUUCAGAUCUUUGGGCUGUGUGGCUAACAACUUUAUUUCCUUCUCUAGAACUUGGUCAUUCGUUUUUUAAAGAAAGCUGCGAGCAAUUUACAACAGCCAUUCAAAGUUGUUGUACCGAGUCACAAGCUGCCUCUACACGAUAGGUAGGUGUAGGUAUUGCUUUCAAACCUUAGACUCUUAUUUCCAAAGCCAAUUAUGGAGGCAUCUGAGGUGGAAAUCACUUGUUGGAGGAAGCCGAUUUAUUUUCCUGUAUUUAUUUCCUUUUGCUCUCUCUAUAGGAGACGUAUUUUGGCAAAACAGCUCGGAGACUUCGUUCGAGUUUACGGAAAGGUACCUUCAUUGAACUGAACCCACAACAACAGACUUAACCAUAAAAUUUAAAGAUUUAGUAAACCAGCUUUUCUUUGAGGAAGGGGUGGUCGUUACUCCUUAUAGAGUCACGAAUUGGCCAAUGGGUCAGCGGAUUCAUAUUAUUGGGGAGUUUUAAAAAGGGAACUAAACAUCAACGACGGCGCGUCGGCUACGAAAACGUCACUUAAAAAGUGAAGUCGCGCUGCCUCACACUUUAUCGCGCUUAUUCCAUGUGGUUCAAUUCGUCAAAUAUUAGGGAGCUUAAGCAGCGACGUUUUUGAGCGACGCACGUCAACCGGAAGUGAGGUAUUUUCCCUCUUAACAUGCCUUGAUGAUAUAAAAUUUGUAUUCCUUAGCUUCUUUACUGUUAUAGAGGCGAUUUGACUGAAAAUUUGGGCGAAACCACCGUCAAAAAAAUGAAAAAAAGGCCACUUCCGGUUGACGUGCGUCGCUCAAAAACGUUGUUGCUUAAGCUCCCUAUUAGCAAUAUUUUCUGGAGCUGAGUUCCAGUUCCAAAAAGACGGUAUCGAAGUUCAGGAAAAGAAAAAGAAAGUCGUUGUCUUGAGUUCACGUCCGCCACAAAACGUGAAAUUAGCCAUUUUCACGUCUUAGUCGUGCAGUGACGGCAAAGAAAUGUACUAAAAUGCGUGAUGCACGUAGAGGGUUCUUGUUUUGCCAAUCUAGCCUAUUGUUUUUUACCGUUCUCCUUGACGUCACAGUCGUCGUUGCUUAAGGUCCCCAAAGCUACCAGGCGACGCUGGCGAAAACGUCGCUUUAAAAGUGAGUGCACGUUCUUUCAAUCUCUAUCGCGAUUAUUUCAACUCGCUUACUUUGUCUAACGCAAGCGAUCUGUUGUGGACUUCACUUUCGACGAAUUAUCCCAAGUCAGUCAGAAAGGGAAACAAAAUUUCGUUGUGGUGUCUUCACGACCUCCAUAAAACAUGAAAUUAGGAAGUUUCACGUCGUAUUCGUGCAGUGACGGCAAAAAAAUGUACUAAAAAGAGUGAUGCACGUACAGAGUUGUUGUUUUGCCUAUUCAACCUAUUUUUUUGUUUUUGUUUUUUCUGACGUUCGCGUUACCGUCGCCGUCGCCGUCGUGGCAUCUUUUCACACCAAUGCCUGUCAACAUUAGGGCCAUUUAUACGAGGAAAAAUGAGACGCGUCUUAAAUAAGACGCGAACUGUACCAUUUAUACGAGCAUGUCUUAUCUAAUAAGACGCGUCUUAGCUAAGCCGCCUCUUAUUUUAGACGAAAUGUGCCGUUUAUACGGAAAGUUCGCGUCUUAUUUUUCCUCGUAUAAAUGGCCCUAUUUAGUAUCUUCUUUCUGGUUCAGUCUUAUAAUUAAGGAAGUUUCUGGAGAUUUAAGAUAGUGAGAAAUAAUCAGCUAAAAAGUCUUCUUUUUAAAUUGUAUUUUCCUAAGGAAACUGUGCAAAUUCAAAAGCGCCAUGAAAUUAACCGCACCUACGGGCUUUCACGGAGCAACUCGUUCGUGAGUGAAAUUCCUGAUGAAGAAUUCAAGGUCUUUAUGGCCAUUGCAAGGUACUGUAUACGUGUUUUAACACAUGUUUCGACACCACUCACCAUAAGGAAUGGCUCCACUUAUAUAAUAGACGGCAAACUAGUCUAAUUUCUGGCGUGCGAAAAAAGUUAUUAAAGGAAAGUUGUAUACUUGACACUUCACUGUUUGACUUCGUUAAGAAGUUUUCAAAUGUUUUGAGGUCUAUUUUUCCUUACCAACGCGUGCUGUCAUUGGCUUCUUCGGGGUCACAUGACAUCUACCGAUGAAACUGUUUCCCGCCAAAAUCCCCUGAGUGGGCAAUCAACAUUGCAAAAUUUGUGACGUCAGAAGAUCAUGACCCGCGAAUGUUGACUGGCCGCUAAGGACCUUCUUCUGGUCCCUUGGGAAACCAACGAAACUUGAUUCCCCCGGAUCUCAACGCAACAGUUAAAACUGUUUCCCUAGUGAAAUGUUUUUUAGUGUUGUUAUCAUGAGUAACUUUUUCUCUGUUUGGUUUCAUACUUUCCCAUUCGCACAAUGAAUCAUAUAGUUUUUUGUUCAUCCUUGCAGCGAGACAGAACUCGAAGAUCUCUUAACUACCUACACCAAACUGAACAAGAACGCCAGCGUGUUUUUAGGGGGUCGGCCAGAGAGGAGCUCGGAGGAAAGCGCCGCUAAAGUGCCCUCGAACGACACAGGCUUGUUAAGGAGAAAGGAAGGGGAGCGACAUGCCAGCAAAAGGUAAACAAAGGAUAUUCAUGUUUGAUUCUGUGUUUUAUCUUGCCUAGUGUCAUUCCUGUUCUGGUAAAGAUGAUAGAUUUUAAAGACCGAACGUUUGCCCCCUGAGUCAGGAAAAAGUCAGGGAAGAACAAAUUUUUUUUAAGGUCAGGGAAGAGCUAAGAAGAAAUUUUAUAACAUAACAAAGCAAGCAAAAAGCAUUUCAUUUUUCACAGUGUUUCGUCAAGUUGAUUAAAAAAAGGAUUUUCAUCCGGAAGUGAGUAUUCGGUAGCUGAAUAUACUCUCAUUACGUCCACUCAUAGUUCACCAACUCCCACAUGGUCUAGUGGUUAGGAUCCGGCGCUCUCACCGCCGUGGCCCGGGUUCGAUUCCCGGUGUGGGAAUAUUUAUUGGAUAAUUUUUUUCGUUUUCACUGUUUCAAAAAAAAUCACAAAUUGUCAAAUAUAUUUAUACCAGAGAGGUUUUUCCAUACUUAUUUUUGCCAUUGUCUAAUUACGUCCCAGUCAUCUUAUGCAACAGCCCAAAAGUUGUUUUUGGAUUUUCAUUUGUCCAGCAAAAUAAGAAAUCAAAUAGAGGAUUCAAACCUCAACCAUUUCACUGGUAGCCUGCGUAACAAGCGUUUCCAAUCGAUUUAUUGCGCGAAAGUUAGAGCGGAAGCAAAAAAAAGCUACGCAGGCUAUUUCACUGGAAAUGUUCGAACAUGAUCUUCAAAUGAUCUGCAAAUUGUUGGACAGCAGAGUGGUUUUCGUUUUCAGUUAUUUCGUAGACUUCGUCUCAAAUAAAAUUUCUUAGAUUAAUUGCCGUCGAUCUCCCACAUGGUCUAGUGGUUAGGAUCCGGCGCUCUCACCGCCGUGGCCCGGGUUCGAUUCCCGGUGUGGGAAUGUCUUUUUUUUUCUUUCUCACUGUUUUUAAAGUAUAAUACCAUCAACUAACGUGAUACAACUCACUUUGACUCUGAAGAUGACUACCGCACAGGUUGUCGAAACGUCAGUCACUGUCAACAAUAACAGUCCUAUUCAGGACUACGUUCACCCGGACGAUCAAACUCAACCUACUUUUGAAAUGACUCCUGGGUUCAAACCUUUCACAAAAAAAAAAAAUUGUCAAAAUUUACCCAAGAGAGGUAUUUCUAUACUUAUUGCUGUAGCUGUCUAAUUACGUUCCCAGUCAUCUUGUGCAACUGCCAAAAGCUGUUUUAUACGAAUGGUCAAAGUGUAGGAUUUUCACUUGUCCAGACGUAGUUAAUCGAUAAACUGAUAAUCGAUAUCAAUCAUCGAUGAGCCUCAAUUUCCGAUAUCAAACGAUAGAAAUCGAUGAAGGAAAAGCGUUCUGACAUCGAUUGUUAUCAAUUUUGUUAAUCGAUAAUAAUCAUUUUUCUGUGAUUUCAAUUUCUAUCGAUUUCCGAAAUCAAUCGAUAUUAGUCGGUGGAUUAAAUCAAAUAAUAUCGAUAAUAUUGAUUGAUUUCCGAUACCGAUUUUUAUCGAUUAAAUACGUCUGGAUUUGUCCAGCAAAAUAAUAAAUUUAAUAGAGGUUUCAAACCCCCUCCAUUUCACUGGAGCAGUUCGAAAAUGAUCUACAAAUGAUCCGUAAAUUGUUGGACAUCGGAGUGAUCUUUGGUUUCGGGUAAUUUCCAGUCUGGUUAAUUUCGUAGACUUCGUAUCCAACCAGAAAAAGAUAAGUUUUUGACUCCUCAAAUAAAAUUUCGUAGAUCACCUGCUAUCCAUCUCCCACAUGGUCUAGUGGUUAGGAUCCGGCGCUCUCACCGCCGUGGCCCGGGUUCGAUUCCCGGUGUGGGAAUGUUAUUUUUUUUUUUCUUUCAUUGUUUUUUUUUUUAAAUCAAAUUGUCAAGUAUAUUUACCCAAGAGAGGUAUUUCUAUACUUACUGAGCCUAUCUGGCCUGCCAGUUCUAAACCCAUAAAUAAAAUUUCUAAUUAUUGGUCAACCAUUUCCCACAUGAUCUAGUGGUUAAGAUCCUGCGCAGUUUUCUAAUUUUAUUUCCAACCGCAAUUUAAACCUUGCAGUGAUAUAUGCCUGCAUGAUGAAAAUGUGUAAUAAAAGUUUUUCAGUUCUGGUAAUAGAGGCAACGAGUAUUAAGAGACCAUUUUAAGUUUUUAAUAUGUAAUUUAUUAUGAAAUGUCUUAGCCUAGUCUGCGUUAAGCUAUUUCUUGGAAACCUGUUUGAAAUCUCUUACUCUGGAAAGACCCGCGUUUUCUUUAAGAAAGAAGAAUGUGAAGAAGAUGGUCUUGAAAGAGAGAGGGUACGAAGGCCGGGAGAUUUACAGUUCUUCAACUCGCCUUGACAAAACAGCUUUCUUAUGGUUCUUUUGAUAGGUCAAAUCCCACAGCAGACGAACAGUUACAGAGGCCCCCAGAGGACCUUAGUAGCACGGACUCUAGCAUGGCUGAUCGGCACGCACGAGCCUUCACAGCGGUCUCUGCUUAUGGGACCUCGGUGGCCCUGAACAAAACCCGUCAACGGCCAGUGUCCGCCAAGGUCACAGGAUCACAAGGUAAGGUGAACAUUUAGGCUAGGUAAACUUCUCUUUUCUUUUAACCCCCAGGGCUUAUACAACUUUGGAAAGGGUUUUAGGAGGGCUUGUAAACGGGUGACGGGGAGGGGGUUGGGCUUAUAUUCAGGCGGGCUUAUAACCCGGACUAAAAAACAAUUUCAAUACAAGCUAGAGGCGGGGCUUAUAUCAGUGGGGAUUAUAGCCUUAUGUAUUUUUUUUACAGGUAGAUUUUCCUAUAACUAGGGGAUGAGGGGGUGGGAGGGGGGAAAGGAGGGGAAGGGCCUUAUACGCGAAAGUUUACGGUAUUCGCUACAGAUUCCGGAUUCAAAAUCUCCGGACACGCGAAAAAUCCGAGGAGAGAUUUAUCUCAGAUUAUUGCAUCUGCGUUUCAACGGAUUGGAUUCGUCACGUCUUCUAGUUUAGUUUACAUGCAGAGCUUGCUAGGAAUACAUGAGUCUUUAACCGUACCUUUAGCGGUCGGUGUUAUGUCAUUUUGUACUUUGUCAUAGAAAGAAGACUUCGUUACUGCAUUAAAACUUGCCUAAACUUCAAUGUCUAAUUUCUGUUUUGCAACUAAACGAAAUUGUUGUUGUGUCUUUCUUUAAGCAAACCAUUUAUCGUUCCAGGAGCUGAUAGCCGGAUGCACAGGGCUGGUCGUCCUGUUUCGGCAAAACCGCAUUCACAUGAUGCAAGGCCCACCGGAGACAUGAGUGAUACGAGGAGUAUGGACGGAGGUGAGUAACCACGUGACACGUUCAUAAAGCCCAGUCCUGACCAGCAAAACUCAGACAAGCAUUCUGAGAACAGCCGCGGUAUAAGCUUAGACACAAACAGAUGCAUAUUAUAACCCUUUUGUUCUCCUUUUCCUUGUGCUUAUGUCGAUUAUAUUCCCAUUGAGAAAGCAUAAACACAGACACAAGCAGUAAUAAAAUUUCGCCUUUAACGAAAACCAUCUUUUACCGCCAUUUUGAAACCGUUAUUUCGUGCCAACACGUGUAACGCCCAAAUUGUUUGCUUCUGCGCUAGCGUAUAUCAAGUGCAUUUCUUUCAGUAUAGUACUCGCGCCUAAAAUUUUGGCGAUUCAAGUUUUCUUCCUCUUUUAUUUUCCUUCCUCUUUUUGGAUUACAGCCAGAAUAGACAACUCUCUGCCUCCACGCUCUAAGUUUCAAUUAAAUUAAAUUGCCCUCUUUUAUAGCUCCAGGUUACAUUGGUCAUGGGAUUCGUGUCUCGUCUGCAUCAGUUCGUCACGAAAGAGGCGAAGAUGUGUCCUAUUCAACAGAACCCAGCCCCGUUUCGAACACCUUGGAAACUAGACUGCUGUAGGACCAACGAUGUGUUACGCUGUAGUAAGACCCGCCCAUAUUGGUGACGCCGGUUCCAGCGUUAUAUAUCGUUUAGGGAAGUUCGUGACGUAGUAAUCGAGCUUUAUGGCAGUACAUGUAUGAUAAAUUCGUCCUCACGGGCGUGGCUGGGUGGCUCUGAUCAAUAAUAGCGUGCGCAUUGAUACUAACAUUUUAUAACCGGAGCUUAUUUGCCAUCCAACGUAACGUAGCAAGUUGAGUGGCGUUAAGAUUUUUUUAUAUUCUGACAGGUCACACGUUAGCUGAUGAACAUGCAGUCGCCGCUGCUCUUCAGCGGUUAGCGAAGCGACAAGCUGCGCGGCAGUACUCUGCGCAAAACACCGGCGGUUAUCAAGGCCACAACUGGGAUGACCUGUUUAAAAAGAUGGAUUUCAACCAGGAAAACGAUUCCGCGCCUUACAAUCACGACGAAUUUAUUAGCGUCGGAGAUGAAUUUUCUGAUCCUUGGGCACGCGAUGUAGGUAAAGUACCGAGAUCUGCACAGAAACCACAUGACCGUCACGCAAGCGCAAACGCUACGUUUGAAACUUUCAUUAACCAUGAUCAGCGAGCCGCAAGUAAAGGUCAUGGUCACAUGGGAUGGUUCGAUAAGACCGCUGACCAAGUUGCUUUGAGCACUGUUGAUGCGCAACGUGCCGAAGGAAAAUCGAUUCACAUAGAUUUGAGAAGACAGUACGGUGUAUCUCAGGAAGUUAAAAGCGAGGAGAAAACAUCAGGAGUCAAAGUUAAAACUCCGUCCGUGUCGAGAGAGGAAUAUAAUAGACACAUGAAACUUAUAAGCGAGAAAAUAUCCGAAGAGAAACUUCGUUUGCAGAGACAGUUACAGCAAUAUCCGCGGUUACCUCGACCACCACCCUCUCGGCCAAGCCCUGGAACCAAGAAAGUCGUUAGUCACAAAAGAAUGAUAAGGUAACAUGGAAUACCCCUGGGAAAUCUGAGUGGGAUGUGCCGCUUUAGCCUAUCCUGGGUACCAGGGAGUUUUCAUGCGCGGUUUCCGGUCUCGGUCAAGUCUUCGGUAUUGUCCCGCUCCUUCGCCGCUCGUGGCUUCGCGGGAAUUGUGCCGACUUGUAAAUAUUCCACCCUGCGCGACUAAAAACCUCUGGUACCCAGGAUAGCUUUAUCCAUGAAACCCAUGUCUCAUGUCUCCCCUCCUUAAAUCAACACAAUCUUAUUUUUAUCAUUUCAGUCCUCACGGCGGGAAUACUUUCUUUUUCCUUAUCGCCAUCUGGUGCAACUCCUGUUCUUUUUACUUUCCAUGCUUCUAACAAAGUAACUCAAAACUGCCAAAAAGUCUAAUAAAUUGAUUUACUUCAGCUCUGUCUGCCCUAUUCAGUACUGACUUUUGUUUUUGUUCUGUAUAUUACAACAGGGUAGCAGCGUCCAAUCCCCCGCCAGUGUUUGACGUCAUCACAGGAAUGACAGGUCUGCCAUACGACGAUUCUCUGUGACAAGUCAGCCUUGUGGAACUUUCUUGUGAAGAUCCUAAAAUUUGUCUCCUUUUCUGAAAGCGUCAUUCAGAUUCUGGUGAUAUUAUUUGUAAUAACGUCCAGGUUUUCUCCUUUUCUUUUAACCUGAGUAAAGCAAUUCCUACCGGUUGAAAUUUACUUCAGUGAUUUUUGUUAAAGAUCACGAGGUUUGGCUUACACUGAGUUGUAGAAGCCGUUUGCAAAACUGUUAAGUUUGUAAAACUUGCAAUUUAAUUCUCUACUGAACAAAUUUUACGGCCAAUGGGCUCCUGAAACAAGAAAUCUAUUGCUUUCUUUCAAAAGUACGGUCUUAGCACAGUGUUAUAUUCGACUCUCCCUUUAAGACGGACGAAGAACGCCGAAAACGAAAGUUUGGUUUCCGUUUUGGGGAUGUGUUCAUCUUGUAGAGUUGGUUAAGUUUGAGUUGACUACAGUGACUACAGUUCUCAGUGCAGGAAUCUUUCUCUAGAGACCUUGGGGGCGGGGGCUUUAGAUUCUAUAAAGGGGGAGAGUGCGCGCCGUCAUUUUGGCAGGAAAAACGCGAUAGCCGUCUUCAUUCUUAUACGGGUUUAGUGGAAAUGUCGUGGUGGCGGAAACAAUUUAUCAAAUGUUAAAAGUUUUAUCAUUUUGCGAUCGGGAGAGGACGGAAGGAGCUUAACCUCUUUCAAUAGAAAUAAUCGUGUUAACUUUUUUCUAGUGAAAAAAGAAAAAUGAAGCUUUUCAUGGUGUCAGGAGAAUACGAGAACUGAAAAAAAAACUCAAGUCAAAUCUCGUCCUCGAAUCUAAAGGUCUCUACUGUCAGUAGCGGAUCUAGGGGAAGGGCCCAGGGGGCCCGGGUCCCCCCUUAUUUUUAGACCAAACUGAGACCCGAAGGGCCGAAAAAAAAUUUUGGAGACCGGGGCCCCCCUUAUCAAAGGGUCUGGACGACCUUCCCCUCCCCUUAUCUUAAGGUCUGGAUCCGGCACUGACUGUUAUGAUGCGUCAAGGCAACAGAAAGCUUUUAAGGAG